GUUUAUUCUCAAAAGUGAAUUGUAAUUCUAUUAAAAAAGUUGAUUUUAAAAUGCAAUUAACAAUGUCACGCGAUAAAAAGCAAUGGAUGGAAUUUCUGAGAACAGAAAGUGACUACAUGACGUUCUUAUUGGAAGCAUUUGAAAUUCCAGAGACUGUAGAAAACGAAUCAGAUGAAGAAUAUCUAUUGGAAGUGCCACACAAGAAGCCAAGACUGAUGAAUUCAGAGAAUGAGCCAGCAUUAACUGCCGAGGAAUUAGAAGAAAGGGCAAAUAAGAUGAAACGAAAAGUUGAGAUCCGAGAGAACUUAAAAAAGAAAAAAACUAAGCCUAAGACCAGCACAAAAGCAGAAAGAAAGAAGGCUAAGGAAGAGAAGCUUCAAAAGUUACAGAAAAUGCAGAAUUUAAAGAAUGUUAUGGCCAAUGAAACAAUGAAAAAGAAUCCAAAAGUUGAUAAGAAAAUCAAGCCAGAUCCAGACCAACAAACUAAUGGAACUGCUGAAAAAGUGUUCAAUAAAGAAGGCAAAAUUAUCUUCUCGAAAGUUCAAAUUGAAGGCGAGAAAAAGAAAAUUAAGAAAGGACAUAACACAAAUCCUCAAGCAAAUCUACAGAAAUUAAAAUCACAAAAGAAAAAGAUUAAGGAACUGAUUGAGUCAGGUGAUAAGACACAGGCAAAAACAGAGAAACAAAAAAUGUUAUGGGAGGCAGCAUUCGAUAAAACGGAAGGCAUCAAAGUUAAGGACAAUGAAGAGAUCCUCAAGAAAACAAUCAAGAAGCGCAAAGUCUUGAAAAAGAAGUCAAAAGAACAGUGGACGGAACGUAAAAAGAAGAUUGAAGAGAAGCAAGCCUCACAAAGUAAGAAACGUGAGGACAAUCUUAAUAAACGCAAGACAGACAAUAAGAAGACGAAAUUGAAAAAGGCGAUUAACAAAGGACGAGUUUUUUGAGGCAUCGCUGACUAUAUCACAUGAAUGAACUAAACGACGAAGGUCAGUUAAAGAAUUAAAAGUCGAUUUCAAAGUUAUUUGUUAAGGAUAAAGUCUUCAACUUGAUAUAUAAUCUAUUUUCUUGUACAUUUAUGUAUAAAUAAAUGAAAUGGAAGCGAUAAAUUGUUCUAUAAAUGAAUUAAGGUCUUCUUGUUCCUUAGAAUGAGAUAAUAUAAUGAUUCAA